CGGUGCGCGCCCCGGUCGAUGAGGACAGGGCCAAGGACGACGUCCUGGUGGAGUUCACCACCUCGACCGGCAAGUUGUUCUCCAAGGUGUACAAGAUCUACUCCAACAUGCUGGAGGUCAAGGAGGACCUCGCGGCCUUCUUCUGCUGCCCGGUGACGGACGUGGCGCUGGACACGAGCGUCGUGGAGAUCGACGACAGCCUGCCGCUGGCGGGGGCGGGCGUCGAGAGUCACGACGUGCGCCUCCGCAUCCGGGUGUCCCGCCGCCCCAAGCCCUUCCUGGGCGGCUUCAGGGACUCGCGCUCGGGCACCGAGUUUCACCACGCCGAGUCGCAGACGGGGCCGCCCGCCAGGGACACCUCGGACAGAGUGUCCAGAGACGCGCAGACCGUCCGGACGCGGCGCAGGCGCGUGCACACCCCGCACGAGAAGGCCACGCAGGUGCCGCGGCCGGGCCUGUACAUCCCGGGCAUGCCGGAGCACGUCCUCAUGGCGGACCCGGGGCGAUACGUGCCCGCCGACGAAGCGCUCGAGCGGCAGCGCGACCUGGAGGACAGGGUGCGCACGAUCCAGAGGUACUACCGGGCCUACCUGCGGCGGAGGGUGCCACCCGCCCGAGAGGACGGCGAGGACGAGGAGGCAGAGGAGGGCGAGGAGGGAGAAGAGGGAGAGGAGGUCGAAGAGGAACAGAAGCUGGCCGACGAGGAGGAGGAACAAGAGAGGCGGGAUCAGGCGCUCGUCCUGGCCGCCAGCACGCCCAGCGGGUACCCGCGCAGCAGCAGGGACUUCGACACGCUCUACGCGCUGGUCGAGCGCUGGCGGCAGGCCGAGACGCGCCGGCUGCAAGCGAGCUGCUCGGAGGCCGCGCGUCGCGCCAUGCUCGGGGAGGUGCUCGAGCGCGAGAUGACGCUACUCAACGCCAUCGAGCGCCACCGUCAGGUCGUGGCCGGGGAGCGGGCCCGUGACCGGGAGCGCCGCUUCCUCGAGCGCUGCGCCGAGCCACUCGUGUUUGAGGGCAGCAACGGCGAGCCCAUCCAAGUCGAGACCCUGGAGGUGGCCCGCGCCAAGGAGCUGCAGGCCGCGUACCUCAGCCUCACCCAGCAGGCGCCCAAAGCGGAGCGGCUCGAGUUCCUGGUGGCGCUCAUGGAGAGCCUGAAGGAGGUCGGCCUGGAGCGAGCGGAGGAGCUGCGCAGGCUGAUAGGGCGCGAGUGCACGAUGAUGGCGCGGGGGCUGGACGCCGGGCUGGAGCCACUGCGCCGCCACAUCGCGCUGCUCUUCGCCGAGCUCGUCAAGUGCCCCGAGGUGAACCCCGAGGCCACCAAGCACCUGCGCGCCAGCCGGGUGCUGCUCGACAUGUGGCUGGGCCGGUCGGCGCUGACCGAGGACGAGGCCGCGGGGCUGUGGGGGCUCCGCCUGCCGCGGUGGCGCGCGCGCCAGGAGUGGUCGCCGUGGAACUGCGUGCUCCUCACGGCCGCCCAGGCGCGCGCGCACGCCCACCUCGGCGACCUGGACGUCGAGGACGUGUACGCGCCCGCGCUCGUGGACACCGUGCGCCGGCGGCACCUCCAGGCCAGGAGGGUCUUCGCCCGCCUCAUGCAGUCCGAGAGGACCCUCAGGGCGGAGGCGACACCGCUGCUGGAAAUGACCGCCUCGGACUUGGGAGCGUCUUAGCUACUCUAAACUAGAUAAUGCCUUAAUGUAUGUAGUCCUUGUUAAAAAGAAUUGAUUUCAUUAUUAUUUUUAACAUUACUAUUACUUCUUUCACUGUUUUUUUUAACUAUACUCUAUGCCUACAAACUGUACCAAAGUUGUCUUUUAACCAAUAAUCUUUAAGUAUAAAGAAAUAGGAGCUGCAAACUACAAUUAGCUUUGACAUUAUUUUGCAUUCCGUAUAUUUUUUCUUUGUAAUGCCACCUGACUUCC